GAUUCUUUCAGAAAGGAAAAAAGGAAGAAAAUGCUCACAUUGUUUUGCUAAUCUACUGCUCCCUUCCUUCAAAAUUAUCCAUUUCAAAUUUUUUAAUUUCAUUUUUCUAAUUAAUUAAGAAGAAAUAAUUCUUUUUUUAUGUUUAACUUUUUGUAUUAAUUAUUUUUUUAAAUUAAAAUAUAAAUAUUAUUUAAUAGAACACUAAUAUAUUAUUAACUAUUUUUUUAAUUAGUGUCUCAUUUCAAUUUUAAACAGAUAAUUUGGCACGAAACGAGUAAGCAACAGGUAAAACACCUUUAUUUCUAGGGCUUAAAAGCUACAAAACAAAUUCCGUCUUCUUCUUCGUCUAGACAAACACAAACAUAAAGGUUUGAGCUUUUCCAAUGAAUGCCACAGCUCUCAAGCUUGCUUUUUUGUGGGUACAACUAAGCUGUGUGCAAUGCCAUGGAAGGAUAAUCAAGGAUAGCUCCACAGGCCCACCUCAGUUUCAAAGGAUAUUUCUGAGCAUUCUGUUUGGUAUGUUCACAGGAUUGAUUUGUGUAUUUAUCUUUGCUUGGCUUGUUCGGAGCUUUGUUCGUUACAUCAGCAAAGCGCCAAUUCUCAAAGGCCCGGUUGUAUUCUCUCCUAAAAUUCCAGCCAAGACUCUGCAAUCAGCUCUUGCUAAUGAAACCCAGUUGCCAGGGUCAAGUACCUGGGGGAAAUACUGCAGGACUGUUCUUGACAAUGGUUUUACCGUUGCAGUCAAGAGGCUGGAACCCUUCGACUCCAAUUCUCCCCACUUACACACCACCAAGUCAUUGAAGAGAAAAAUACAACUGGAUCUUGAAGUGAUUGCUAGUUUGAGGCACAGGAACUUGAUGAGUUUAAGGGCUUACGUUCGCGAAUCCAGUAGAUUCUUUCUGAUCUACGAUUAUGUUCCUACAGGAAGUCUCGAAGAUGCAAUGAACAAAGUAAGGGAAAAGCAAUUGCAACUUAGCUGGGAAGUCCGCCUCCGAAUUGCAGUUGGGAUUGUUAAGGCUCUUCAGUAUCUUCACUUUUCUUGCAACCCCAGGAUUUUGCACCGCAAUUUGAAGCCCACAAAUGUAUUGUUGGAUGCUGAGUUCGAGCCUAGGUUGGCUGAUUGCGGUUUGGCCAAAAUCAUUCCCACUUCAAAUCUCCCAGCAGCAUCAACUUAUGGUCCUCCGGAAUCUUUCCAGAGCUGCAGCAGGUAUACCGAUAAGAGUGACAUAUUCAGCUUUGGGGUCAUAUUGGGUGUUCUAUUAACUGGAAAGUACCCAACAGAUCCCUUCUUUGGGAAUACAUCUACUGGAGGAAGUUUAGCACGUUGGCUUCAAUGCUUGCAGGAAGCAGGCGAUGCUCGAGAAGCAUUGGAUAAGACUAUUCUAGGGGAAGAGGUUGAGGAAGAUGAGAUGCUAAUGGCAGUAAAAAUAGCAGUCGUAUGCUUAUCAGACAUGCCUGCUGACCGGCCUUCCAGUGAUGAGCUCGUUUCCAUGCUCACCCAAUUAAAUAGCUUUUGAUUAAUUUGCCUGAGAGAAAAAUCAGUUGCUAGUGUUUUUCUUGGAUAUCAAGGUUCAAAUGUUCACAAGAUCUUUAAUGUUGUUCUUUUGGCUUUCUAAGGUGAUAGUUUGCGGUGUGGACGACUGGAAACAUAUCCUUUGGUAAUUGAGCAAUGCCUUUUGGUUAUGGCCAUGAAAGGGAGUUAGUUGGCUCAUUCAGGAAAUAAGACUAUGACUGGAAUUACUAUUUUACUCCUGAAGCAGAGCUGAAUCUUCAGAAAGCAUUUGAAUAAUUGUCAGUAAUUGCCUCAUUUUGCCAGAAAAAAAAUUAAUUGACCUUUGUAUUGUAUGUUUGAGUAAUGUCGUUAAUCAAGUGCUGUUAGCUUUAGAAAGGAUUAGGUCACUGGAAGAGAAUAUGUAACAAAUACCAUGGGAGUACUUUGCGCACUGGCAAUAGUUUGUGAACGCUGGCGACAUUUGCAUUGAUAUUCUUUUAACCUUUCUAAUGAUAAUGUCUUUUGUGGGGGUUA